CAGGAAAAUAUUUAGUGAAUUGGCGAAAGUGAAAUAAUUAUUGAACUGUACAACGAAGCAAAGAUCAAUCCACUUCCUUAAUGGAAGCCGUGCUUAGUUCUCGAUCGCGGUCGGCCAAGGCCAAAUACGUUGAUUCGUUUACCAAAAUGAUUAACGAAAAGUACACCGAGGAGGAAAAAAUAGCCAUAGCUGAGUUGAAGACCCUCUAUCUACAGACCAUCCAAUUGGAUGUGGAAUUGCAGCGGGAGAUCUACAGCUUGGAACAGAAAUUCGAGUUGAAACACAAUGUGAUAUUUGAUAAGCGCAAGAAAAUCUUGCAGGAUUUUAAGAAGAAUCAUGGCGAUUCCACACAAAAUGACAACGUGACCAACUUUUGGUUGCGUGUGCUGAAGUCCUCCUACACAGAGUUCAUUAGCAAGAAAGAUGAACAAAUAUUGGGGUAUUUAAAUGAUAUACGCACCAAGCUCUACAACAAUCCAGUGGUCAAAUUUGAGGUGCAAUUUCAUUUUGACAAGAACGAGUUCUUCACCAAUGAUGUGCUGCUGAAGACCUACUACCUCAACUGUGUGCCAGACAUUGAGGAUCCCUUGUCAUACGAUGGCGCUGAGAUCUACAAGACUGAGGGCUGUGUUAUAAAUUGGAAAAAUCCCCAGGAUAUCGAGAACAAGGAUUCAGAGCAAACAUUCUUUGCAUUCUUCAAUCCACCAAUUUUGCCAAGUGAUGAGAAUGACCCAAACUAUUGCGAUAUCAAUAACAUCUUGCAAAAUGAUUUUGAACUAGGAUUCUAUUUGAAGGAGCGUGUCAUUCCCAAGGCUGUUAUAUUCUUCACUGGUGAAAUUACAGACUGUCAGAGCUCUAGCGAUUCGGACUCGGACACUGAUGACACAGAGGAGUCGGAUGCCGAUGAAGUGGAGGAUGAAGGUUCCUCCAAUUGUGCCGAUAAAUAAGCACAAGAUCAACCUACACAUACACAUACAUACCAUUACACAUACAUACCAUUACACAUACAUACCAUUACACAUGCAUACCAUUCACAUUCUGUGUUGUUGUUAGGUCUUCUAUCCAUGUGGUUUCUUUUACACUUUUUAACAUUCAUUUUCAAACUUCUUACUUGCUGUUUCAGGAGAGAUAGAUACACAUACAUUUCCUAAAAUAUUUCAAAGCUUUUCCCCAACAAUUAUUUCAAAAGAAGUUACCAAAUAAGCAUUACACAUGAUAAUAUUAUAAUAUAUACACAAGCGUGUCACACAUCAAACACAUAACAUAAAACACUACAAAAAUAAACGGUUCAAUGUACCAAAA